ACCAGCACAUAGCCGACGGACAUCAAGAGGCGACAUUAGGAGCAGGCGGGGCAAAGUCACCCAAAGACGAUGCCCAGAAGUCGUUUGUGCUCCUGCAACGCAUACGAAGACGUGUAUUAUACGAGGCGUUCUGUGGACGCUUAAAUCGAGUACAUUCGAAAUUCACGAAGCCAGAAGUUCCCAUUAUGUCAGAGAUCAGGAGCUCAACCGAGCAGGCUAGGGCUGCGGCAUUGAAGCUUGCGGACAAAUGCAAGGCCAUUGACGAGGAGCUUGAGACCCAGGUACAAGUGCUACGGGCUCAGCAAGUAGGCAUGACUUUACCAUUGAUCGACUCAGAGGGCUUCCCACUUGCCCAACCCGAUCUGUUGGCCGUCCGAACGGCAAGGGCACGAAUCAUUGCUCUUAGGAAUGACAGGGAGGAGCUCGAGGGACGCAUGCGCCAAUUGCUCGAGCAAGCUCUGGCGAAGGACACGGCGCCGUCUUCGUCGUCCUCGGAAUCAGCCACUUUUAAGCCUGGAGCAGCAACGAGGAAGGGUGAUAUCGACAAGCAAAUAGACGCUGAGGAAAGGGAUCCUGAGGGCUGGGAUGCCAUUGAGAAACUACAGCCUUUCGCCAAUGUCAAUAGCGUAGCAAGCGGUGGCCCGGCAGAGGUUGCAGGUCUUCAAAUGGGUGAUCAGAUUCUCCGUUUCGCUCAUCUCACUUUUGAGACCGCGGACGGAAUUGACAGCGACAGCAAACUUGGAGCUCUACCAAGCGUGGUACGAAAUGGCGAAGCGAUCGAGGUCUUGCUGUUGAGGCAGGGCCUCCCUCAAAGGCUUCGCUUAACGCCGCGACUUGGAUGGGGUGGUCGCGGACUCUUGGGCUGUCAUCUCACGCCGACAUAAAGGCCUGGGCUUCUAGCUCGCUGAAUAGCACGAUGACAGAAUUUAUGUAAGGACCAGACUGAGACGGCGCUCGCCGCGGAUCAUCUACACCUGGUUCCCCAUGGGUUUUUUUAGUCGGACGGCGCUGCCUAAGAGAGAAGUCACCAAUCAUCGCCUGCUCGUCAUUGAGCCGUAGAUGGUGCAUGGCUAUACUGUAUGUACUGUACUGUACAGUAUGAUUUGAAAUUGACCUCUUUGGCUGUGGAAGCAG